AAGAAACCGAACAAACUUAAUAGAUAACAGAUGAAUGACUAAGUCAGUUUUGGAGAGCAAACGUAAGGUAAAGAUUAGUUAGAGAGACGAAGACUUGAAAAGUCAACUCGAGUCUUCUACCAAUAAUCUCAAUUCUUUGUUAUUUUUCAAUCUCAUCUUCUUCCUAAAUCCUCUUCACAUCCAACCAACCACAUGUUUCUUCAUAUCUUAGACUCUCUCUCUCUCUCUCUCUCUCUCUCUCUCUCUCUCUCUCUCUCUCUCUCUCUCUCUCUCUCUCUCUUUCUAGAUUUUCUGUCACAACUAUGGAGAAACUCUGUUUUAGAUACUCUGUUUCUGUCUUCAUGACUACUAUUACAGUUAUUGUUCUUCUUCCACGUCACACUCUCUCUGCUACCUCUUCUCCAUACUCUCGUCCCGAGAAGUUCUACGUCAACUGUGGUUCCGAUUCUAAUAUCACCUACGGUGGUCGGACCUUCGUCGGAGAUAUGAUCUCCGGUGGUAACUCAGUUUCCUUCAGCAGUAAAGGGAGCGAAGCCAGCAACCAAUCCGGACCUGGAAUCUACGGGACGGUAAGAAUAUUCAGACGCCCUUCUUCUUACAAGUUCCAACUCGAUUCCCCUGGUCUCCACUUUGUCCGUCUCCACGUCUCUCCCCGGACAGAGCUUUUAACUUCACGUUUCACCGUCUCCGCUACUUCUGGUUCCACUCGCCACUUCAAAACCUUCUCGGUUCAGAACUUCAACGAGACCCCACGUGUCGAGGAGUUCCUCCUCAUGAUCGACUCCCCGAAACUCGAAAUCCGAUUCGUGCCCGAACCUUCCUAUGUAGCUCUCGUCAACGCCAUCGAAGUGUUCUCCGCUAGCAAUGACCUCGAGAUUACGCCGGAGUCCGACAAGAAUCUGCGUACGAUCUACAGAUUAAACGUAGGGGGACAGAAAGUCACACCGGAGAACGACACCUUGGGACGUACCUGGUCCUCGGACGAUGACUUUGUCUACCAAAAAGAGGCUGCGAGGAUCGUUCGAGUAGCGCAAAAGCCUAACUAUGAUUCAGGGUCGGUGACGGAGUUCACAGCUCCUGAUUUUGUCUACCAGACAGCCAAAGCAAUCAACGGUAGCUCAAGCGAGCUGACGGACAUGCUGAUGAACAUCACUUGGUCGUUUAAGGUGAAGAGUAAAACAAAGCACUUCAUCAGGGCUCAUUUCUGCGAUGUUUCGAGCGGUUCGCAAAGCAGUGAUUCCGAUUUUUAUCUGUACGUGAACGGGCACGUGCGAAGAGAUGCGAAGCCUUCGGAGCAGAUUAGGUUGGUCACUCCGUUUUACAUCGAUGUGGUUGAUGUCUCUGAUGGCUCUGGGCUGUUGAACGUCAGCGUGGGUACUAAGGAGCCACGCAAGGUUGCUGGUUUUCUGAAUGGUGUGGAGGUGAUGGAGUUUCUGAACAAAUCUGGUUCUGAUUCUCCGGAUAAAAGUAGUACCAAGGUUUACGUCAUUAUUGGUUGUGUUGCUGCUGGUUUGAUCUUGGUUUUGUGUUUGUUGUUUACCGUUUUCUUGAAACGGAGGAGAUCAAAGAAGAAGAAGCCAGAGGAGGAGGAGGCAACUAUAUGGUCUCCUCUGGAGUUGUACAGAGGUGGGAGUUCCGACAAUAGACUAUUCGAUUCGCGGUUACGCACCAAUAGACCUUUCGAUCCGGUCCAUAAUUCGCCUUUACGCAACUUAAACUUAGGCUUGAAGAUUCCCUUCGCGGACAUUCGGAGAGCCACGAACAACUUCGACCCCCAGUGGUUGAUCGGGAAAGGCGGUUUCGGAAACGUCUACAAAGCCAUUCUUCCUGACGGAAGCAGAGCUGCUAUCAAGAGAGGGAAACCCGGUUCGGGACAAGGGAUACUGGAGUUUCAAACUGAGAUUCAAGUCCUGUCGAGGAUCCGGCACAGACACCUCGUUUCUCUAAAAGGUUACUGCGACGAAAACUCGGAGAUGAUCCUUGUCUACGAGUACAUGGAGAAAGGUACGCUUAAGGAGCAUCUCUACGGCUCGGGUUUGCCUUCGUUGACGUGGAAACAGAGACUAGAGAUAUGCAUCGGAGCAGCCAGAGGAUUGCAUUAUCUUCACAGCGGCUCGGAGGGAAUCAUCCACAGAGAUGUCAAAUCCACAAACAUACUACUGGACGAGAACAACGUGGCCAAAGUCGCCGAUUUCGGGCUGUCGAAACUCGCGGUCCGCGAUCAAGAUCCGGUCAACAUCAGCAUGAACAUCAAAGGAACGUUCGGUUACCUCGAUCCGGAGUAUCUGCAGGCACACAUAUUCACGGAGAAAUCAGACGUGUACGCGUUCGGAGUCGUCCUCCUGGAGGUUUUGUGCGCGAGACAGGCUCUCGCGCACGAUCUUCCCCAUGAGGAAGUGAACCUUGCGGAAUGGGCAAUGUUCUGCUUGUCGAAAGGGAUAGUCGAUGAGAUCUUAGAUACGAAACUGAUAGGUCAAAUCGAGGCGAGUUCUUUGAGGAAGUUCAUGGAGAUGGUUGAGAAGUGUUUGAGGGAUUGCGGGGAAGAUAGGCCGAGCAUGGGGGAUGUGAUCUGGGAUCUUGAAUACGUUCUACAGCUUCAUAUGACGCCGGUUCAAAGAGAGCCUCAUGAGGAUAGCACCAUGACGAUCUCCGGCGUCGGAGGUGGAAACUCGUUGGUGGUUCCGAGGUUGAUGGUGAGUGAUUCGUUUAGCGAAAACUCGUUUGUUCAGAAGAAGAGCAGCUAUAUUGGAGAUUCAUCUGAGACUCAGGUUUUCUCCCAGCUGAAGAUCUCUGAAGCAAGAUAGUAAAUGGCUUUGCAGUAACCGGGUUUCACAAACUUACCGUGUCCAUACCGGUUAUUUAUUUGAAUGAAAACCGGUAUGGAAAUCAUACCCAACUUUUUUUUUUUGAAUCAUAUAUAACUUGUCCGUUUGGAAUUUAUAGAUUUGAAAAAAUAAUGCAAUAGUUUUCAAAACUUCUCAAAAAUACUGAGAGUUUUGUGUAAUGGUUGAAAUUUUUUUUUCUUCAACAAAUGUAAUGAUUAAAUAUAUGAAAUGUUUUUAAAAAAUUAGCUA